AUGGCUCCGAAUCCUAUAACCUGUCACAUACUCGACACCACUACAGGCAAGCCCGCUGCUAACGUCGUGUGCUCUAUUUACAAGGUUUACAUUGGUGAAGGCAACGACGAUCAAGAUCAAUUGAUUGAGACCCAAGAAGCCCAGAUUUUAGCAAGAGCACGCACCAACGAUGACGGUAGAAUCCCACUAUGGGUGUUUAACCCUGACAUGUCCCAGAGGAAGUUACUAGCCACGAACGGUAUCCAAGAGGCCGAUCAAGAGUUGCAGUGGAGGGAACUCAAACCUGGUUACUACAAGAUAAGGUUCCAGACUGGUCUCUAUUUCAAGUCUCAGGGACAAACAAAUUUUCACCCUUUUGUUGAUAUCUUGUUUCAUAUAGAUAACGGCUCGAGGCACUAUCACAUCCCCCUACUGUUGAGUAACUACGGUUACACCACUUACAAGGGCAGUUAA